AUGAAUUUGGAAGAUUAUGAAAAAUUAAAAAAACUAGAUGCAUUUUCAAGACACAAAAAAUUUAUAAACGAUUAUUUCUCACAGAAAAAUAAAGAAAAAAAUAAACACAAACAUAAUAGUAAUAAUAAUAUAUAUAGGAACUAUAAAUCAGAUUAUGAUAUUUUAAAAGAAAAUCAUCAGUUUUUAAGAGACCAAGACAAUGAUACCGAUGACAGUGGCGUUGAAGAACUUACCUGGGAAGAAAGAUUAGCAAAAAAAUACUAUGAUAGAUUAUAUAAAGAAUAUGCAAUUAUAGACCUAUCACAUUACAAGUCUGGUGAAAUUGGUUUAAGGUGGCGUAUCGAAUCAGAGGUUGUAUCAGGUCGUGGUCAAUUUACCUGUGCAAAUAAAAAAUGUUCAGCUCUAACAACAACACGAAAAGAAGAAUUAAAAAGUUUUGAAGUACCUUUUUCAUACAGGGAACAAAAUCAAGAUAAAAUAGCAUUGGUCAAAGUAGUGUUAUGUCCUCUAUGUUCAAAGCUUUUAAAUUAUAGUAAUAUCAAAAAAAAGAAAAAAGAAUUAAAAGAAUUUUUAAAAAAAAAUGACAAUAAUAAAAAAGAAAAGGAAAAAGAAAAGGAAAAAGAUAAAGAUAAAAAAAAGAGAAAGAAUCGAAAUGACAACGGAAGCGAUAGUGACAACUAUAGCAGCAGCGAGGAUAUAUAUGACAGGGAUGAUUAUGAAGAGAGUAAAGAGAAUGCAAGCGAAUCAAGUAGUAAAAAGUUAAAAAUAGAAAAGGAAAUAAAAAGUGAAGAUAAUGAGGAUAUAUUUAAAGAUAUGUUUAUAUAA